AUGCAGUUAGGAUUUCGUAAUUGUUAUUUUGAAAAUAUUCUUAACUUGAAAUCUAUUGAGUUUGAUUAUGAAUUAUAAAGACAUCAAAAAGCCAUAAAUGGUCUAAGUAUCAAUAAAUAAGAUUCAGAGUUUGUUUCUACAGGUUAUGAUUAAAAAUUAUUAUUUGGAAAAAAACCAAAAAUGGAUUUUAAUCAAUUAAUUAUUCUGAUGUUGGUUGUGGAGUUUCCAAUAUUGCAGACACAAUGA